CCGGGGGAAAAAUAAGGGGUUGCGGCUCCUCUGCCAGCCGGGCUGUGCUGCUGCUGCUGCUGCUUCUCCUUCUUCCUCCUCCUCCUCCUUCCCCCGCCGCCGCCUCUUCCUCCUCUCCGGCCUCACAAAGAGCGGCGGCGAAGGCCCUGACUCGCCUUUAAAGGCAGCGGCUGGAAAUUUAAGGUGUCCCGGAGCCAUGUCUCUCCGCCGCCCUCCCGGGAGAAAGGGUCGCUGCCGCCCCUCGCCCCCUGUCUCCCGGGCCCUUGGGGUGGUUUUGGACUGAUCAGCAGCGAUUGUGAUACCGUUGCUCUGGGGUGGGAAAGGCCAGCAGUCUGUGCGAGGGAACCAUGUCUGUGCGGGAGUCCUUUAACCCAGAAAGUUACGAACUGGAUGAGAGCUUCCGUCUGACCCGAUUCACCGAACUGAAAGGCACAGGCUGCAAAGUGCCUCAGGAUGUCUUACAGAAACUGCUCGAAUCUCUACAAGAAAACCAUUUUCAGGAAGAUGAACAAUUCCUGGGGGCGGUUAUGCCCAGGCUGGGAAUUGGGAUGGACACUUGUGUUAUUCCAUUAAGACAUGGAGGUUUGUCGUUGGUCCAGACGACAGAUUAUAUUUAUCCUAUUGUGGAUGAUCCUUAUAUGAUGGGACGGAUAGCGUGUGCCAAUGUCCUAAGUGACCUUUAUGCCAUGGGGGUCACAGAAUGCGACAACAUGUUGAUGCUUCUUGGAAUCAGCAAUAAAAUGACAGAUAGGGAAAGAGACAAAGUGAUGCCUCUAAUUAUCCAGGGUUUCAAAGAUGCAGCAGAAGAGGCAGGAACAUCUGUUACUGGUGGCCAAACAGUGUUAAAUCCCUGGAUUGUUUUAGGAGGAGUGGCCACGACAGUCUGUCAGCCUAAUGAAUUUAUAAUGCCAGACAAUGCGGUGCCAGGAGAUGUGCUUGUAUUAACUAAACCCUUGGGAACACAAGUGGCUGUAGCUGUCCACCAGUGGCUAGAUAUUGUGAGUACACUGCAAAAAAAGAAAUAGGGGAGAGGGGGUGUG